GUUUUGUAAUGCUUAAAAACAAUUAUGAUGAAAAUGCAUCAUUACAUACAUUAGUGACUGGAAUUGAAAACACAAUUAUCACGAAAAGUUUAAGAUGAUAUUAUAUUUUCUUAUCUGGACACAAAUCGCCCUGAUUGGAAACUGCCAACUGACUGAAACUGUGCCGCUGACAUGCCUUAAAACCAACGAAUGUUUCUACCAACCAGACGACGGCCACUGUCCAUCAGUAAACGAACUGCGUUGCAGAAAACUCAAGUGCCCCGGUGCGGUAUUGUGUUGCGAUGUCACCAAUUUUCAAAUGGUAGAAGGAGUGGGAAUAUCUAAGAACAAUCUAACUCUCGUAACUGCUUUGCACAUACGAAACGCUACUCUGGAUGCACUUAAUUUGACUUCAAGUUUAUGGAAAAGUUUGGAGUUCUUGUCUAUCACAGAUGGACGUAUUAAAACUGUGAUUGGAGAGUUUGGAAAACAAACGCAUAUUACUUGUCUGAAUUUAUCCUCUAACGGUAUUAAUGAGUUUAUAGGGAGCCCUUUGACUAAUCUGAAUAAAUUAAAAUUCUUGGAUUUGUCACGAAACAAUCUAACUGGAAUUCCACUUUUUAAAACGGAAGGAAAUAUUACUUUAGAUAUUUCAGGAAUUCCAUACAUGGAAUGUAGUAACAUAUCCACAGCUUUAGAAAGAAACCAGCUGAACUUUAUUAACGGAAACAAAACAUUCUGUCGGACCUCAAAACAGUACGAGUGGUUCAGGACCAUCGAAAAUCUCACCCUUGCAAGCUGCAUUGAAAAUCACAAAAUAUCAAAAAUGUGCAUUGCAAACUGCACUUGCAGACCCUUAAGAAUGGAGAUCUUGCCCGACAAACCUGUUUCCAUUUCUGUAAAUGUUAAUUGUUCAGGCAAACAAUUCCUUUCGCUUCCAACACCCUUGCCCUUACACACCGUGUCAUUGGACGUCUCAAAUAAUAACAUAACAUCGUUGAAUGAGAUUAGCCAUCCCUCGUAUCAACAUGUUCGGAAGUUUUACGCGGACAACAAUCAAAUCCGAUCAAUUCAACCUUUGGAGGGUGCGAAUCUUGGUUUGAGGCUUCUAAGCUUGCGUAACAACUGUAUUAGAACUUUGGAAACCUAUGUUCUUGACAACCUGGAACCAGAUCGUCAACCCUCACAUUCUGUCUUUUUGAGCGGUAACAACUUGUACUGCGACUGUAACACUGCCAAAGACCUAACAGUGUGGCUUUUGACGAAAAAAUCUUACGUGGUGGAUGACGCCGAUAUACUAUGCGACAAUUUAAAGAACGUUAGAGUGAAGGAACUAAACUCGGCGAAAUUGUGCAUCAACAACGAAAAAGAUUGGACUGAUUAUAUUUAUUACAUAAUCACAGUCGAAGUUGCGAUGCUUGUCGGACUCAUUGCUAAAGUUUCUUAUGAUUAUUGGGUGUUCAAAACUGCGGGCUAUUUACCCUGGCCUGCCAGCAAAAUGCCCAAAUUACCUUGUGAUUGGCUAUGUGAGUAAAAUGUAAAUGCACAAUUUUUAAAUCCAUUACCAGUUAAAUUUUAAAGAAGUGUUAAUUGAGGGCGUAUUGCUAAUUAUAAAAUAGAUUUUGAAAUAUG